CAUAACACCGUAUCGGCAAAUUAUUCUUCUUGUAACAUGGACACAUUUCGAUUUCAAGAUAGCGACAAUGAUGGGUCAGAAAACGGACAUAUACAGAAUGUCAAAUACAACAGACAUAACGCAACACAAACGGACCUGGAAAAAGAUCAGUUUUGCAUACGGAAAGAAAACGCUCAAUUGAUCAGUGAAAUUGCAGACUUGUGUAAUCGACCGGACAGAAAAGAUCCAGAGGUUUUGCUGCUUCUUGGAAGCGUCGACGUAGGAAAAAGUGCGAUGGUGAACACUAUCAUCAAAGCAAUGACUGGAAAAUAUUUCCACAAAGCUAAAACUGGUAGCGGGAAUGAGGCAUCAACAAAGCCUGCAAUGGCUGGACAAUAUUUCCACAAAGCUAAAACUGGUAGCGGGAAAGAGGCAUCAACAACGCUUGCAUUUGAAUGGCAAAUAUCAUAUUCACUAUAAAUUUACUUUCUUGAGAUUGUGA